ACCUCCUGGAAAAGGCAACUGGGGAAGAAUCUUUUAUCUUUUCCAUUGCAGACUUUCCAUACUGCUGCACCUUGCAGAGAUGUUCAGGACUUGACUAACGGGGUUGCCAUGGCGCAGGUGCUUCACCAAAUAGAUGUUGCUUGGUUUGAUGCAACUUGGCUAAGUCGCAUUAAAGAUGAUGUUGGUGACAACUGGAGAAUAAAGUCCAGUAAUCUGAAGAAGAUACUACAAGGAAUUAUGGACUACUAUCAUGAGUUCUUGGGUCAGCAGAUUUCAGAAGAGCUUAUUCCAGACUUAAACCGGAUAUCUGAGAACUCAGAUCCUACUGAACUGGGAAGGCUUCUCCAGCUUAUUUUAGGUUGUGCAGUCAACUGUGAAAGGAAACAAGAACACAUACAGAAUAUCAUGACCCUUGAAGAAUCUGUUCAGCAUGUUGUCAUGACUGCCAUUCAAGAGCUCAUGAGCAAGGAAGUAACAGGACCUUCCACAACUGAUGCAUCAAGUGAUAUGGAACAGCAGCUUAAAAAAGCUUUGGAAGAUCUUCAGGAAGCACUAGCAGAAAAAGAAGAGUUGGCACAAAGAUGUCAAGAGCUAGAUUUACAGGUGGCUGCCCUCCAGGAUGAAAAAAACAGCUUGAUGUCAGAAAAUGAGAUUAUGAAUGACAGGCUAGAGCAAUUAGAUGACUCUCUUGAUGAUCCAAAUACUGUGGUUGCAAAGAAGUAUUUUCAUGCACAGUUGCAGCUGGAACAACUGCAAGAAGAAAACUUCAGGCUUGAAGCUGCAAAAGAUGAUUAUCGUGUCCAUUGUGAAGACCUAGAAAAACAACUGAUUGAACUGCAACACAGAAACAAUGAACUGACCUCUUUGGCAGAAGAAUCCAGAGCCUUGAAAGAUGAAAACGAUAUUCUUAGGGCAACUGCAGACAAGGCAAGUAAGCUGGAGUCAACAGUCGAAGUGUACAGGAAGAAGCUGCAGGACCUGAAUGAUUUCCGCAGGCAGGUCAAGUCUCUGCAGGAAACCAACAUGAUGUAUAUGCACAACACAGUCAGCCUGGAGGAUGAGCUGAAGAAAGCCAACGCAGCACGUGCCCAACUAGAAACCUACAAAAAACAGGUCCAGGAGCUUCACAACAAACUGUCUGAAGAAUCAAAAAGAGCUGAUAAGCUGGCGUUUGAAAUGAAGCGACUUGAAGAAAAACAUGAAGCUUUAAUCAAAGAAAAAGAGAGACUGAUAGUACAGUGUGAUGCAUUAAAAGAGACAAAUGAAGAGCUCCGGUACUCACAGAUGCAGCAGGAUCACUUGAGUCAAACAGGUGCAUCUCGUGUUAAAAGCCAUGAGAAUCUUGCUGCUGAAAUUCUGCCAGUGGAAUAUAGAGAGAUGUUUAUUCGGCUGCAGCAUGAAAAUAAGAUGCUUCUGUUACAACAGGAAGGGUCAGAAAAUGAACGUAUUACGGAGCUCCAAGAACAGCUGGAGCAAAAACAUCGGACAGUGAGCGAACUAGAAACUGAGAAAAGGCUAAAUGAAGAGCGUAUCGGGGAGCUACAGCAGCAGAUUGAAGAUCUGCAAAAGACUUUGCAGGAGCAGGGAUCCAAGGCUGAGGGAUCUAUCAACCUGAAGCAGAAAUUGGAAGCACAUAUGGAAAAGCUGAAUGAAGUUCAUGAUAAAUUACAGAAGAAAGAGGCUGAUCUUGCAGAGCUCCAGCCUGAUGUCAGUCAGAACCCCCAGAAGAUUGGAGAGCUGGAAGCAGCUUUGAGAAAAAAAGAUGAGGAUAUGAAAGCAAUGGAGGAACGAUAUAAAAUGUAUCUUGAGAAAGCAAGAAAUGUCAUAAAAACCUUGGACCCCAAGCUAAAUCCAGCAUCAGCAGAAAUCAUGUCGCUCAGAAAACAGAUAACAGAAAAAGACAAAAAAAUUGAAGCAUUAGAGGCUGAAUACAAGCUUGCCAAGUUACGUGAUUAUGAGGAAAAGCUCAUUGUAACUGCCUGGUAUAACAAGAGCCUGACUCUUCAGAAGCUAGGAAUGGAAGCAAGGCUGGUUGGCAAUAGUGGUGCCUGCAAAGAUGGUCCCGGACGCUCGUUCCUUGCUCAACAACGUCACGUCACCAAUACCAGAAGGAAUCUCACUGUUAAAGUACCAGGUGCUACAUCUGAUUAACCCACAAGGACGAUGAGGAAAACUUCUAUGCUAAAGUGUCCUUAAAUGUUUUACAGCUUCCACUUUAACUACUUCAUGAAAGAGAAGGCUAGAAUGGUG